AUGGACCGUCCGUACCUUCCUACGGAGAUUAUAUGCACUAUUCUUUGCUUUCUGGAGGUCGACGACCUACUUCGGUGCGAUGCGGCGAACCGGUUCUUCCAUGCCGUAGUUCAGGACUCUUCUCGCCUACAAUUCAACCUCGAGCUCGCCAAACAUCGCAUGCUCUCUCUCCUCCCGCCCACCAGUCGGCCAUCGUUCUCCUCCAGGCUCAAAUUGAUAUGUGAACGAGAACGCAACUGGCGGUCUCCUCAAUUGUGGGGUCCCCUCACUACACUAACUCUGCCUCCGACGGGUACGGUCUACGAGUUUGUUGGGUCAUACUAUGCAAACGGGUGGGAGGACGACAACAAGCUCACUUCAGGCAUCACAUUCUUUGAGCUGCCCUCGACAGAAUCGCCCCAGCAACAGCCUCUCAAGACGUGGACACACGCCAUCGGCUCACUCAAACUCGCUGAUUUCACCAUGGAUCCAGCACAAGAUCUGCUUGUCCUAGUAGCUCUCGCCCCACCAAGCUCUUCCAGUGUUUACAAUAUCCAUCUCCGCUCUUUCAAGACGAACGAACCACAUCCGGAGAGUUCGCGUCAGCUGGGAAUUCUCCCGUGUCUUCCUCGGCUACCCGAACACGUUCACCAGGCCACCUUUGAAGCGACUGGUGCAGUGCGUGUCCAAGUCGCUGGUGACCUCGUAGCGCUUCUUGUCAAGGAGGUUCAUGACAGUGUCAGCGCACAUCUACAAAUAUGGAACUGGCGUUAUGGCGGACAUCAUUCUUGUUCGCUUGGCUCGAGAACGGGAAUUGAAGACUUUACCUUCCUCACAGACAACACCUUCCUUAUCGUGCGACCUACGGGACGAUUCGAAUGUUAUACGUUCGAAAACCCUGUUGGAUGCUCAACAACUCCCGUCCUGAAAAGCAGUUACAAUCUCCCACCUCUGGAAGACGGGUACAUGUAUUGGUAUAUCUGCAUGAGCAGCAACCCUGCGCCAGGCUAUCUCCCCAAACGGGAAAGUUCUGACCAUAGGGUGUACUACCCGCGCCCCGAAGAGCGCAUUCAUGCCUGUUGUUUGUACAUCUUCAAGCCUACCGGCCCGGGCGACCAUCGCGUUCAUUCGUUCGUCUUCUUCCUCAACGUUAAAAUGUUCUUGGAGCCUCCGCCGCCAGUCCCCGCUCCACGAGACCACUAUCCGCUGGCGCCAUACCUGACUACGAAUGGCCUUGCUACCCGACCUCGUCGGGAACUUCCACCGUCAAGUGGCAGUGUUUCGAUGCCAUCAACUCCAAUUGGGUCGUCGGCCCCUACCGGUCCGGUCUUGCCCAGCCAAACUCAACAUCCAGCGCGCACACGGCAGCUGCGCUCACUGUACAUGUCAUCCGGUGGCGGCAGAGUUCGAACCGUCCCAUGGGAAGAGUGGGGCUCCGCCAACACGCGUUGGUUCGAUGAUAUGCUGAGCACGGACUGGCAGCAUGCGUUGUAUGGACUGAGGACGGUCGAGUGUGUUGAUGAGCCAUUGGUUAUCAGACGAAAGAGGAAGCGGGGUAAUGAUGAUGACAGAGGAAAGAGUAUGACCGACGAAUUUGACGAGGAAGAGGAAGAAGAUAUUCUUGCGUCUCCGCCUAUCGACCCCAACACACUACCAACGGUGAACGACCUACUCAACGGGAUUGGUUUUCAUCUUGCCAACCCGGCAAAUGCGAACCAACCAAACGCGGCUACUCCCAAUCCUCUCAACAUUCCGCUGCCUGCUGAUAACUGGGUACGACCCAAACAGCGAUAUUUGCGGAUACGCGAUUAUAAUCCAUAUACCCUACGCCUUUCAGACGAUGAAGAUGAGCAGGACUAUGAGCAACAAGGAGCAUUCAAUCGACCCGCAAAGGCAAAACGUCGCUGGACACGCCGUUUGGUGACAACUCCGUCGACAACUGCUUCGCGGGGGGUUUUUGCGAAAGACAUCGUCAGUGCGCUUCCCUAUGCAGAGGUCGUCAGUCGGGAACGGUAUAAUGUCACGGAUGUGAUGAUGGAUGACUGUCGGAUUUUGCUCAUGCAGAGAGGACGUGGAGGGACGUUACAAGGGAUCGAUGUAUUGACAAUGUAG